AUUUUGAGUGUUUAUCAAAUUGGUAUUUGGUCAUGCUGCCAUGUGAAUUCGAUAGUGUAUAUUUAAUUGUUACUAUUUUUCAAUUUAAAUUUGCUAAAUUAAAGCAAAAUGCAGCAAGCUCAUCGUCCAGGAAAUUUGAAACAGAGCAAUAAAGCUCAUAAAUCGAAACAUAGAUCGAAGCGUGGUAUAGCUGCCGCAGUUAAAGGUAAAGUGAACGUGAAAGAAUUUGUACGUCGCAAUCGGCACGUUCUGAAGAAGGAUGAACGUCGUCACCAAGCUUUGCAAAUUCGUAAGAAUAAGAGAGAAGAAGUGUUAACGAAGAAACGUGCGCUUGGUGGAAACCGUAACCCGCCUUUCCUCGUCUGUGUGGUGCCACUGAAUAGUCAGCUGGAUGUGCAGUCAGCUCUUGUCAUCUUAAAAACUUGUUCGGAAGGUGCUAUUGUUACCCAUGCUGAUAAUGGAAUUGUCCAUAUAGGUUUACCAAACUUCAAACAGCGUUUCUCCUUCAUCUGCCCUGAAAUUGAAAAUGAUUUUAGUCUGCUUGAUGCACUGAAAAUAGCAGACACAGUUCUAUUUGUGUGUUCUGCACUAGAGCCAAUAGAUGAAUGGGGUGAAAAGGCUUUAGCUCUAGCAAUGGCCCAAGGAAUGCCAACACCAGUAGUAGUUGCUAUGGAUAUAGAGGGUGUUCACCCUAAGAAAAGAACAACUGAAAAGCAAAAUGUUCAAAAACUCAUAUCUAAAUGGCUGCCUGAUGAAAAAAUAAUGCAAUUAGACAAAAACUCUGAUGGACUCAAUGUGCUUCGUAGAAUUGGCAAUCAAAAGCGUAACAUUAUACAUCAUAGAGAAAAGAGACCAUAUAUGUUAGCUGAGGAGAUAGAAUAUGUUAAGGAUGCAGAAGGAGAAAGUGGAACUUUAAAACUUACUGGCUAUCUUAGAGGAAUGCCCCUAAAUGUGAAUGGCCUUAUACAUAUAACAGGUUUAGGAGACUUCCAAAUGUCUAGAAUUGAUGGCUUAGAUGAUCCACAUCCCUUGAAUGCAGUAAAGGAUAACGUUAAAUCAGAUGCAAUGGACGCAGAAGUUAUUAAAGUUACAAUUUUACAAACAGCAGAUCCCGCAAAACAAGAGAGCUUAGUUGCUGAAAAUGUUCCAGAUCCCAUGGAUGCAGAACAGACAUGGCCAACAGAGGAAGAAAUUGAUGAAGCAAAUAAAGAUACCAUGAAGAAAGUAAAAAAAGUCCCUAAAGGUUGGUCAGAUUAUCAGGCAGCUUGGAUUGUUGAAUCUGAUGCUGAGGGAGAUGAAGGCUCUGAUGACGAAAGUGCUGAUGAAGAUGGUAAUGAGGAGUUCAUGUCCUGUGAAGAAACAGAUUCUGAGCAAGAAGACGGGGAAGAUAAUGAUUUUGAAUCAGUAGCAGAUUCGGAAGUUGUGCCUACAGAUGAAAAAUACGAUGCUACAAUAGACGCAGAGGAGGAACAUGAAAUGUUAAGAAAGUUGGCUGCGGCCAAGGAAGAUAGGCAGUUCCCAGAUGAAGUGGAUACUCCACAAGAUAUACCAGCUAGAGAAAGAUUUAGCAGGUACAGAGGAUUGGAGUCAUUCAGGACAUCAUCAUGGGACCCUAAGGAGAAUUUGCCUGCAGAUUUCGCGCGCAUUUUCCAGUUUGAAAAUUACGAUCGCACAAGGAAGAGGGUUUUCAAGGAACUUGAGGAGAGUCUUGUAAAUAUGUAUGGUUACUACAUAACAAUCCAUGUGAAGGAUGUUCGGCAAGAUCUCUGGAAUAUAUAUCGCACAGCAAAUCCAACUGCACCUCUAUCUGUAUUUGGUCUCCUACCACACGAACACAAGAUGUCUGUAAUGAAUGUGGUGUUGAAACGAACGGGGGCGAGUGACGAACCAAUACAGAGCAAGGAGAGGCUUAUAUUCCAAGUGGGGUAUAGGCGGUUCAUCGUUAACCCUAUAUUUAGCCAGCAUACUAAUGGAAGUAAACACAAGUAUGAAAGAUUCUUCCAGCCCGCAUCUACGUGCGUCGCGUCAUUUUAUGCUCCAAUCCAAUUUAGUCCAUCUUCUGUUCUCUGCUUUAAGGAGAAAAGAAACACAAAGUUACAACUAGUAGCAUCUGGUGUUCUGCUAUCAUGUAAUCCCGACAGACUAAAUAUUAAGAGGAUUAUUUUGUCAGGUCAUCCAUACAAGGUCAACAAAAAAUCGGCUGUCAUUCGCUUUAUGUUCUUCAACAGAGAUGAUGUGCUUUAUUUCAAACCUUGUAAACUAAGGACUAAGUAUGGACGAACAGGACAUAUUAAGGAGCCAUUAGGUACCCACGGCCAUAUGAAAUGCGUAUUUGACGGUCAACUAAAAUCUCAAGACACAAUAUUGUUGAAUCUGUAUAAACGAAUGUUCCCCAAAUGGAACUAUGAAGAUUGUAUCGUUACGGAUAGAGACUAUAAGAGUAGCGAAGCUAUGACAGAAUAAAUGUAUAAAACCAAGUAUAAAACUAA